UUUCCCCGACCAUCACAACAACAAACCAACAAAGAUCUUCCUUACAAAAGUUUGUUUUCAAAGUGUGUUUUGUUUCCCAAAUCCUACUCUUGUGACCACAACCCUUCCUCCUCUUUCUUUUGAAACCUCUUUUUUUCUAUUCCCCAACCAAACAAGCAAACGCUACUCACUCAUCAUCACUGAGAUCAUGGCUCCUAAUAUCACCACUGUCAAAACCACCAUCACCGACGCUCAAGCCAAGGUCGCCACCGAUCAUGGUCGUGCCUACGUCACCUUCCUCGCCGGAAACGGUGACUAUGUGAAAGGUGUCGUUGGCUUGGCAAAAGGUCUGAGAAAAGUGAAGAGCAUGUACCCUCUGGUGGUUGCAGUGCUACCCGAUGUUCCCCAAGAUCACCGCAACAUUCUCACCUCCCAAGGUUGCAUUGUUAGAGAGAUUGAGCCCGUGUACCCCCCAGAGAAUCAAACCCAGUUUGCCAUGGCAUAUUACGUCAUCAACUAUUCCAAGCUACGUAUUUGGGAGUUUGUGGAGUACAGCAAGAUGAUAUACCUAGACGGUGAUAUCCAAGUUUUUGACAACAUUGACCACUUGUUUGACUUGCCUGAUAACUACUUCUAUGCGGUGAUGGACUGUUUCUGUGAGCCAACUUGGGGCCACACUAAACAAUAUCAGAUCGGUUACUGCCAGCAGUGCCCCCAUAAGGUUCAGUGGCCCACUCACUUUGGGCCCAAACCUCCUCUCUAUUUCAAUGCUGGCAUGUUUGUGUAUGAGCCCAAUUUGGCUACUUACCGUGACCUCCUUCAAACAGUCCAAGUCACCCAGCCCACUUCCUUUGCUGAACAGGAUUUUUUGAACAUGUACUUCAAGGACAAAUAUAGGCCAAUUCCUAAUGUCUACAAUCUUGUGCUGGCCAUGCUGUGGCGUCACCCUGAGAACGUUGAGCUUGACAAAGUUAAAGUGGUUCACUACUGUGCUGCUGGGUCUAAGCCUUGGAGGUACACUGGGAAGGAGGAGAAUAUGGAGAGAGAAGAUAUCAAGAUGUUAGUGAAAAAGUGGUGGGAUAUAUAUGAGGAUGAGACUUUGGACUACAACAAUCCACUCAAUGUGGAUAAGUUCACUGCGGCACUUAUGGAGGUUGGUGAAGUCAAGUUCGUCCGUGCCCCAUCUGCUGCUUAAGAGUGUCUUUGGAAAUCAAGUGUGAUCCAAGUACAUGUACAAAGUCAUACAUCAUUACAUUAACUUUUAUGUAUUUCUAAAAGUCAUACAUCAUUACAUUAAGUUUUAUGUAUUUCUAAAGUCUUAAGACUUAAGAGGACCUUUUUUAUGUGUCCCGCUUUUCUUUUUUUCUUUUUCCAAUUCUGUCAUUGUAAAGCAGUGAAUACCGUAUCCUUAAUUUUAUAAAUGGAUAUGAAUUUUAUUUUGUA